AUGGCCGACCCGGAGCGGCAACCUCUAAUUCGAAGCACACCAAACACUCCACUGACCCCGUUCCUCCCGUCAGACCGGCGGUUCAUUACAGCCCUCCAGCGUUCCGAGGACUUCAUUGCCUGCCACGUGCAGAAGAUUCAUGGCGCGGACUCCUGGGUCUGGGGCCUGCGGCACAACCUCCAGCGCUUCCUGUCUUCAAAAUGGGGCCACUACUUUGUGAUUAUCUUGGUCGCGGCCGACAUAUCCUGCAUCUUCGCCGACUUUCUCGUCAGCUUGCACAUGUGCGAGCACGGCGGGGACAAGGGCUUUGAUUUGCAUGCGUGGAAACAGGUGAAUGACGUGCUGGGAUACAUGAGUCUGGUCUUUUCCUGUUUGUUUAUGGCCGAACUGCUAGGCAGUGUCUUCGCUUUUGGAUUCUACUACUUCGCCACCCCGUUCCACGCCUUUGACGCCCUCGUCAUCAUCGCCGCCUUCGUCAUCGACCUCGUCCUGCGCGCCGGCCCGCUCGAAGAAGCCGGCUCUUUGGUGGUGGUGCUCCGCCUGUGGCGCGUCUUCAAGAUCAUCGAGGAAUUCUCCUCCGGCGCCGAAGACCAGCUCGUCGAACUGCAGGAGCGCGUCGAGGCGUUGGAGAAGCAAAAGGACGACGCGCUCAAGGAGAAUGAGCUGUUGCAGAGGCAGCUCAGGCUGGGACCGAGGUCCCGUGGAGGAAACGGCAAUGGGAAUGCGCUGGAGGGUGCCGAUGUGUACGCGGACGGGCAUGCCACGCAUGGGACCAGGGGGAACAGGGAUAUGGAUGUGGACGGAGAGGCGAGAUGA